CUCUUUAUUUUUUGAAAAUACCUAAAUAUUUGAUAAUAAAAAAGUUGGAAAUGGCAUCGAAAAUAAGAAAAAUAGUAAUUAUAUGUUCCUGUAUUUUCACUGUUCUUGGCAUGUUCCAUUCCAUCCUUGCAUUAAUAUGGCCGUCUUGGCAGAUAGUCAACUUGGAAGAGAAUAAUACUACUCAUUAUCAUGGACUUUUUGAGGACUGUAUAGAUGGAGUUAGCAAUGAGUUUAUUGAUAAAUUAAAUGAUUCCAACAAAGAUAUAACUUCAAUUGAUAACCAAUAUUAUUGUAUCUUAAAAUCUUACUAUUCAAAAAAUAAUGAUACAUAUUAUCGAGAUGAGAAUGAUUUUUUUGAUGAAUAUAAAAAACACAAAUAUUAUGGAUGGCAUAUUUUUACAAUUUUAAUAUUGUUAUUAAUAUUUAUUACUUCUUUUAUUUCACUUUGUUUUGGCGCUUAUACAUGCUGCUGUCCAACAAUUUUAUUAAUUAAUAAAGCCAUGACACUUAUAACUUGGUUAUUGUCAAUGAUCAUCUUAAUAGUCUUUUACUACUAUUCUCAACAAUCUGAGAAUCGUUUUAUUAAGGGCAAAGUUGAUACUUAUGAGCAACAUUUGGGAAUUGGAUAUUUUCUACAGGUGGCUGCAACAUUAUAUCAUUUUAUUGCCUUUGUACUUGCGCUGUUUACUACAAAAAAAUUUUACUAA